AUGAUCGAUGAAACUGGUUCUAUGAAUUUAUCAUUAUCAUCAGGUCAUCCACGUACAGCUCCAACUAAAGCUGCUAUCAAAAAAUCCAACCAGAAACUACAGUAAAAUAAGGUAUCAACUAGAAAACUUGUACUUGAACUAGAUAUAUCUCAAACAAGUGCUCAAAGAAUUCUUUGCGAUGAUCUGGGCUGUCAAUUGUAUAAAGAUUUGGUCGAAGCAGCACUUACCCAGAAACACAAAGAAAAUAGAAAAAGUUUGCUCACUGGAUACGAAAGCAGGAAACACUGAAAAUUCUGUUUUCUGACGAAAAGUUGUUGAACAUUGAUGGAGUUUACAAUACCCAAAACGAUCGUAUUUGGGCUAUAAAUCGUGAUGAAGCUAAUAAGAAAGGUGGUAUUCAUGAGAAAAAAUAUUUCCUCAGAAAGUCAUGGUUUGGCUUGAUGUUUCUUCAAAAGGUGUAUCUCCAUUGGCGAUAAUUGAUCAAGGUACAAUCGACCUUGACGAUACAUUAAAGAGGUGCUUCCUGUGGCACUUAAAUAUGGAAAUCACGAUUUCGGGAAUGACUGGACAUUCUAACAAGACGGUGCUAAACCCCAUAUUCAUCGUUUAAUACAACAAUGGUGUCAUGACAAUGUUCCAGCAUUUAUCGAUAAAGAUCAUUGACCACCUAAUAGUCCUGAUCUCAAUCCAUUGGACUACUGUAUUUGGGAUGAAUUUGUGAGUGUCAUCAACUGGAAUAAAGUGACAUCUAAAGCAACAAUGAUCCAAGAGUUAGAAAAAGCAGUGAAAAAAAUUCGAAAAGAUAUUGUGUUUGAAAGUUGUACUUCUUGGACGAAUCGAUUGUAUCGUAUAUCACAAAAUGAUGGAGAUUAUUUAAGAUAAUAAAACUAUCUAGAUUUUGUAGAGAAUUUAACGAGGAAUCUUUUGCUAAAAAAUGUUUUUCUUAAACACUGAAAUAUAAGUGAACUAUAUGGAAAAUGCUGAGAGGCUCAUUCAUUAUGACUCAUCCGCUAGUUUCAAGUUUAAAAUAUACACCGUAAUGUCAAACUUGAAACUCGCAUUGAAGUAUUCAACUAUCAUCUCAACGACUCAAGCAUUCAGUUCAGCUAUUCAAGUAUUCCACUAUUCUCCACUCACAUCGAGAGAAACGUGGUGUCAGUCAUUCCUUCCAUUCCCCUCCACACGAAGUCUUGAACUGAAUAGUUGAAAACUUUAUUUCAAGUUUGACAUAUAUGAGAAAAUUGUUGCUGCUGUGUUUUUUCUUACAAAUAAAAUUUUCUACGAGAGCUGAUUACCAUGGCAACUUCCGGCCAGUUAAAGUCUAUUGUUCGGAUGAACCUUAUAAAUAUAACUACUUAAGAUUCAAUCAUACAAUUUACAUCAAUAAUCAACUGCAGUGAGAAUGGGAACCACUUUCUUCUCUCUGGCUGUUAUCGCAUUUGUUUUCAGUAAGUAAAAUUGCAUCGAUUUCGACACAUAACGGUUCAUUUUAGUGAUCACUAAGGUUGGCAGUCUCACAUGUUAUAAUUGUCAAAGUAUAUCGGUUGGUUGUGCUGAUCCUUUCUCAGCUAAUUCAUCUCUUGUUACUACCUUAAGCAUGGCCCCUGAUUCUUACUAUUCGUGCGCUGUAAGCUAUGUUGAUUGUUGAUACUUUUGUCUCAGAUAAUGUUGUUCUUUCUAUUAACAGAAAGCCGUCGCAGUGAGCAAUGGUCUGUCACUCACAACACGUUCCAUUAUAAGGAGAUAUAUAUGUGACAUUUCUCCAAAUGAUACCACCAAUGUCCAAGUAGUAUACUUUUCGUGUUGUAAUACCGAUUAUUGCAAUUCCGGACUGCGAAUUAAGGGCAUAUCACUGACAGUCGUCAUCGUUACUAUUAUAGCUGGGAUUAUCACCAACAGAUAAAAAACUUACAGUUACAAAACAACUUUCAACCUUUCUAUUUUUGUUCAUUCCAACAUAUUCAUGAAAUAACAUAAAAAUAAGAAUUAGUAGAUAGUUGCAUUUUGACAGCGACGCGUUACAACCUGAUCCCAAUCAUCAUCGAGGGUGUGGGUGUGAGUGUGAUCGGGUUAAGCUGUGGAUUUAAAUCUUCUCUUGGCCCACACCAACACGUUACCCGUUACUCGGUAGCCGUGGUAACGGUAAGGUAAGUGUCUUCCGUAACCAAGCAUUCUUGAGUCCUGAAGUCCUACUAUUCGGGGGACCCUUUGGUACUCAAGUCCUAAUAUGGGGGAGGUACCCUUAUGUCUUCAAUUCCUACUGUUAGAGGGUACUCUCGGGUCCUCAAUUUCUACUAUUGGGACAUACCCUUGGGUCCUCAACUUUACCAUUCAUGGUACCCUCAAGUCCUCGCUUCCUGCAAUAGGGGCUACCCAUCGGUCUUCAACAGCUACAUGGUGUACGAGAGGAAAGCAUACAUCUCCUGAAACAUGACUGGUGAGAAAAUGGGUUAUCUGCUUCCACAGUUUAUUUAUCGGUGGCAUAAAGCUCGGAGUCCUUCAAAUACACAUUUUAAUCGAUAGAACGUCCGAGAAAACCCUUGCAUUGACGCGAACAUCACUUAUGAUUGUCACCAUACAACGAAUGGAAAGUGGGUUGUGGGGGUGGGGGUGAGUGUGGGGGCGGGUGUGCGCAGGUAUGGGUGUAGGUGUACUACGUGUGAAUACAAAACACGUAGUCCCACCCCACACCCCAGCCACAGCCACAGCCACACCCACACACGCCACACCCACACCUACACCAACACCCACACCCACCCACACCCACCCACACCCACACCCACCCACACCCACA